AUUUAGAAUUUGUAAACACUGAAACAAGGAGGAGGGUUAAUCCAAGGAGUGAUAAGGAAGAGGAAAUGGUACCACAGAUAGUGGUAGAUGGACCCACAGAGGAGACAUCCAGAGAGACAGAGGGGGCAGCUCGAGCAGACACAGCAGAGGACUAUCUAAAGUACCACAAAUUGCUGCUGGAGGCCACCUAAAGGGAGCAAGGGUGGAUAGAGGAGAGUAUGAACCAGCGAAGGAAGAUGAAGGAAAUGGAAGAGAAGAUGGAGGCUGUGGUGAGGGACAGAGAAGAUCUGAAGGAAGAAGUGGAAAGAUUGAGGAAGGAGAGAGACGAAUUGAGAAAGAAGAAUGGGAAUGAGGCAGAAGAGAGGUUCGAAAAGGAGAGAAAUGAGCUGAAGCAAGAGAUUUUAAGAAUCAAGACAAGCAGGAAUAGGGAAAAGGAUGCAGCACAAAAACAAAUUGAGGAAGGGCGCGCAACGGUAGAGCAAGUAGAGGAGCAGCUGAGGAGAGAAAGGGAUGAAAGAGAAAGAGCAGAAGAACGGGUACGCGAUUUGCAAGAAAGUUUAAGAGCGGAGAGGAAGGUCAAUCAAGAGUUGACAGAAAGACUACAAACGAUUUCAAAAACUGCAACAAACCCUCCGCGAUCGCCCUGUUAUAGAUGAUCUGACAUGGCACGCGUUCUGAUAAUUAAAAUUAUGUAACUAAUAAGAUGAAUUAUAAAAUAAACAAGCACAUACGAAA